GUUUUUCCAUGUCAGGGGGGAAUAGUAAAUGUUGCUGAUGGAUUGUUUGGGAGGAGAUGGGCAACGGAUUAAUUGAAAAGAAUGUGGACAGACAGUAUAUGGGAAGUAAUGGCCAUGAAAGACAUGCUAAAGAUGGAUGAAUGAAAUUUGCACGAGGGACUUUCCAUGUGGUUGGAAUGAAGCUAUUUCUCGGUCACUUGAAAUUUUUGUAACCCCGAAUUCUUUUGCCCUCCGUUCUCUGCGAAGGAGUAUUGUCAUGCCAACCACAUCGGAAGAAAUAUGGCCGCCGUAGUUUGUUGAUCAGCAUAAUCAAGCUUUCAGUGUAAAAUUGCAAGUCAAAUGGAUGACAGAAUCAGAUCAAACUUGCCUCUUUUGAAGAAGUUAGAGAGAGCUAGACUUAGAGAUCUUUGUGAUUCUAUAGAAGAAGAAAGGCAGCCAAGUUUUGACAAACCACUACAGAAGGCCAACCAAAAGCAAGCAGUACUUUGGGAAUGGCAAGCUGACGAUGAAACAUGGCAGCCUUUUGAGAAAGAUGAGCAAUCAAGACUUGAGCAAGCAUCACAAUCAGGGCAAAAAACUAUCCCAUUUCUUGACAGUAUACAUUUUAUGCAGACUGUGGAUCUGACUUGCAUGCAAAUGGUAAACAUGAAAACUGGUGCCGGGAAAAGAAUACGAAGGACACCUGAACUGGACUUGUUAACUUCCUAUGAUAUUCAUAGAAAAUCAAAACGAUUUUAUGGACGAGAAAAUAGAUUUUCCAGCAAUGGAUGGAACUUUGACCUUGAUGACGAUGACAAUGAAGAUGUAACUACGACUGCUGACAGAGACUAUGGCACACUUGAUUGGGAGCUAUUUCCUUCAGGUCGUCAGAGAUCAAGAAUUAGAGCAAACCCUAGUGCCUAUGAAGACGGUCUUGAUGUUCUAGGUGAAAGUGGCCUGCUUAGCACAGUCUCUACACCUCGAGUUUCUGAAUGGUCAAGAUAUGGUGAAAGAAGAUCUGCUACAAGAGAUAUCGGCAGCAGAAAUUAUGUAGAAGUUGGUAGAACAAGCAAGAAGAAGACUGUUACAAAAUCGCACCGAGCCACUAGCAUGAAAGGUAGGCAGCUGCAACCGCAAAUGGAAAGAAAACUAGAAGAAAAUAACAAAAUGAAGCAGUGGCUUUCAAAGGUCAAGUUGGAUGAAUACAGCGAAAAAUUUAAGCGGGAAAAGAUAACUUUAAAGGAAGUUCAUACCCUUGACGAAGAAGACCUUAAAAAGCUUGGGCUUCCUAUGGGUGCUCGUAAAAGGUUUCUCGCGAGUGUCAAAGAGAUAAAGACAAGAAGGGAACCACCUAACGAAUACUUAUGUCCCAUUACAAUGACAACAAUGAAGGAUCCUGUUAUUUUAAGUGAUGGAUUCACAUAUGAAAGGCGUGCUAUAGAACAGUGGCUAAAAGCUAAUCAGAAGAGCCCAAUGACCAAUCAAAAACUCGAAAAUGAGAACGUAACUCCUAACAGACAAUUGAAGAAAUUGAUCGAAGAUUUCAAUGCCUUCAACAUAGAUCAGUAGUAAAUAAUGGUGCUUAUCCGUUAAUAACAGGUACUCUUCCUUUGGAUUCAUUGCGCGUUACUGUUUGCCCUUUUUGUCAUAUUCAAAUAUGACUAUUGAAUUUAGUGUAGAUUGCUUCCCCUAUACAGCUGGUUUCAGACGUAGAUCCUACAUGUCAAGGUUCCAUGUGCAUUCUGACAUCAAUCUUUGAGGUAAACAGGAUUACUUCACUGUCACUAAAGUGAACUUCACUGUCUGUCACCCACACAGUUUGAUUUGCAUCUAUUAAACGUGUGACCUAGCCUUUAAUGAUGCUUUGUGGAUUCCUCACUUCAAACUUAUUUUGUUUAUUGUCAACUAAAAUUUUUUCUAUUUUCAAACUUAGGUUAUGUUUUGCAAAAUGUUUUUAAAAUGCAGGGAACAUUUUACCUUAAAAUACCAUCAUUCCAUUUCCCCCAAAGAUUGGUAUUGCUUCUAUUUGAAUCAAGAAAAUUUGAAAAAAACUUAUACGUUAAAAGUUUAGUAAAUUCUGUAUACAGCUGUAUAAGGUGCUUUUGGGAAGAAGGUCUCUGCACGUACUUAUUUUUUGA